GAUUCAAGUGCGUCAUUCUGAAAUCAUGGCGGCGUCGCUGGCGAAGAAGUGCGCUGCUCCGCAAAUCCUCAAAACACUUUCAGCUCCAACCUUGAGGACGCAGAUUGGGUAUCACAAAAAGGUCGUGGACCACUAUGAGAAUCCAAGAAAUGUAGGAUCUUUGGAUAAAAAUGCUAAGAAUGUUGGCACCGGGUUGGUUGGUGCCCCUGCAUGUGGAGAUGUGAUGAAACUUCAGGUCGAGGUGGAUGAAGCUGGGAAGAUUGUGAAUGCAAAGUUCAAAACUUUUGGCUGUGGCUCUGCUAUUGCUUCCAGCUCUUUGGCUACCGAGUGGGUGAAAGGCAAAUCUGUCGAUGAGGCCCUCAAGAUAAAAAACACUGAGAUCGCUAAAGAGCUUAGCCUUCCUCCAGUCAAACUGCACUGCUCGAUGCUGGCAGAGGAUGCUAUUAAAGCAGCUUUGGCCGACUACCGCCUGAAACAGGAAGGUGAACCGGUUGAGGAGACAGCUGUGGCCCGCAACUAGGAGGCACAUUUGAUCCUUUAAAUCAGUGGUUCUCAACUGGUGCUUAACAACCAAAUGGGGUUUCAGAUCGGCUCGGAUUGGGUCAUGGGCAAUAGAGAAUUGAAACUACUAAAUGCCAGUAUCAAAAUGUGAUCAAAUAUACAUGGUUAUUGUUCUCUUGGAAGAGAAAAAGGCAGUUUUAUUGUGUGAUUGAUUUUGCGUAUUGUUGGGUCGACAUUGUUUAUUCUGAAACAUCAUUUAGGUCUUGAAAGCCAUUUGAGAAAUCCUUGUGAUAAGUUUAGACCAAAGCUCUCCAACUCUUGCACUGUAGCCAGUCUUUUAAACGCACAAUAUAAAAGCACUGAAUGUUACUGUCUAAUAUUAGUUGUAAUGAAAAAAUGUGGUUUCACUUGCUAGCUGAAUACGCACACAGAUUAUUUUAUUGUAUUAUGUUAGUUUGAAGGGACAGAAACAUGAUUGUGUUGGUGAUUUAUGCUGCUGAGAUUGUAUUUGAUGGCCUUUCAAACAUUAUUAGCUUUAAAAUAAAGCAUAUGUAAAACUGAA